AUGAGCAAACCUAAGAUAUUAAUAAGCCAAAUAAAAAAUGUCACUGAUAUUAAAAAAUGGAAUUUAAAAGGAAUUGAAUCAUGCAAAAAAAAAAUAUUUGGGUAUGUUCAGGGUUUACCAGGGGAAAAAAACUGGGUUAAACCCUUAGUUGGUAAAAGUAUGCAGAACUAUUAUUUUCCUUCGAAAUAUUUACACAUGGAUUUUAACAUGAAAGAAUAUUUAAGAUUACAAACAGUUCGUUUUCAAAAAAAAGAAAUUGAUGAUAGUUUAAUAAAUUUACAAAAAUGUAUAAAUUUAAUUAUUGAAAAUAAAGACAAAAUAGAUAACUUUUUAUCAAAUAUUUCAAAAGAAAUGCUUAUUGAAAAUCAAAGCUUAAAAGAUUUUUAUUUCUUAUAUUCAUCAAUCGUCCCUAGUAACAAAUUUAAACACACAUUAACACGUGAGGAUAUAAAUGAUUUAAAACUAGAAAAUGAAAACUUCUCUUGGUUUGAUAAUAUAAAUUAUUAUAAUGAUUCAAUAAAAACACAAUUGGAAAAUAUUAAUAAUUUGGAUAAUAAUACUAAUCUUUCCGGCACUGACGAUAUAAAUAUUUUGGAAGAAACCAAAGACGAGGACAAUAAAAACACUGAUUUAUCAAGUCAUGAAAACAAAAAUGAAAUAAAUAUAGACGUUAAUAAAGAAAUGUGGGUAAACAAAAGAAUUUAUAAAAAUAUAAUAUUUACAAAAACACAUGGUAAUUUAAAAUUUAAAAAAAUAAUUUUAAGAGACCAACAUGAGAAAAAAAAAACUGAUAAUGAAAAUGAGUGUGAGGAAAAAGUAUAUUACUUAGAUUGUGAUGUUAAUAUAGGUCUAGAAAAUAAAAAGGAAAAAAGCCAAAAAGAAAUAGAAGAACAAGAACAAUCUACAAAAUAUUUACACAAUUUAUUAAAUGAAAAUGAAAGUUUAAGAAAAACUUUCGCAAUAAGAAAUCGAUUCAUUGAUCCUUUAUAUUUAAGAAGAAGAUAUUCAUUUAUUGAUAAAUUAACCAAAAAGAAAAUUAAAAAAGAAAAGUAUAAAACAUAUAGAAAGCAUUUUAUACAACACGCUGAUGAGAAAAAAAUAUGGCCAGAUAAUAAGGGAUUGCUAAACAAAAUUUAUCCUAAUCCAUUUUCUUGA